AUGUCCAACAAUUCCGAAUGUAGUGGAUCUGCUUCCAAUCAAUUAUUCAGAUUUUCCAUUGAUCGUGGAGGAACCUUUUGUGAUAUUUAUGCAGAGGUUCCCAAGACAAUUCAUAACAAUUAUCAACCCUAUGUGGUUAUGAAGUUAUUGAGUGAAGAUCCACAACAUUAUAAUGAUGCUCCGAGAGAAGGAAUUAAGAGAAUAAUGAACAAAGUUUUGGGACUUCAAAUGAAGGAUGCUAAAGAAAUUGAUAUUGAUAACAUUGAAUAUAUUAGAAUGGGAACCACUGUGGCUACUAAUGCCUUGCUAGAAAGAAAGGGAUCUAGAUGUGCCUUGAUUACAACGAAAGGAUUUCGUGAUUUGCUUAAAAUUGGACAUCAGGCACGUCCAAAGAUUUUCGAAUUAUUUAUUAGAAAACCUUCACUUUUAUAUGAAAGAGUGAUUGAGGUGGAUGAAAGAGUUUGUCUCACAGAGCAAGUUUAUGGAAAAUGUAAGAAAUUCCAAGAACCAGAAGGAUCUCAACUUUCUACUGAAGAAUGGAGAAAUCAAAGAUUAAAGAAGGGUAUUUCAGGAGAGGAAGUUUUUAUUAGAAAUACUGUGGAUGAAGAAUUUGUUUAUAAUACUUGUAAAGAGUUGAAAGAAAGUGGAAUUAAUAGCAUUGCUGUAGUUUUAUUGCAUUCGUAUACAUUUGCUGAUCAUGAACUUCAAAUUGCUGAAAUUGCAAAGAGAGCUGGAAUUGAAAAUAUUUCACUCUCUCAUCAAGCCAUGCCAAUGAUUAGAGCAGUUCCAAGAGGUCACACUACUUGCGUUGAUGCUUAUUUGAGCCCAAUUAUUAGGGAUUAUGUUAGAAACUUUUGUUCUGGAUUUUCAGAUUUUGAUAAGUUGUUGAAACGUGUCACAUUCAUGCAAUCGAAUGGCGGUCUUACACCUGCUUCAGAUUUUAAGGGAUGUAAUGCCAUAUUAUCAGGACCAGCUGGUGGAAUCGUUGCUAUUGCAUCAACAUCCUACAAUCCAGAUGAUAAAAUCCCAAUUAUUGGAAUUGAUAUUGGUGGAACAUCUACUGAUGUAUCAAGAUUUGGAGGAAAAUUUGAUUUGGUUUUUGAAACUGAAACUGCAGGAGUUCAAAUUCAAGCACCUCAACUGGAUAUCACAACAGUUGCUGCUGGAGGUGGCUCCAAAUUGACAUUCAACCAAAAGACAGGUAUCUUUGAAGUUGGUCCAAGUUCUGUUGGAGCUAAUCCUGGUCCAGUCUGUUAUAGAAAGCAAGGAUCAUUCCCAAUCAAACAUUUGGCCAUUACUGAUGCCAACUUAUUCCUUGGAAGAUUAUUACCAGAAUUCUUCCCAAAAAUUUUUGGUGAAACUGAAGAUCAACCACUCGAUUAUGAAGCCACCAAACUUGCAUUCGAAGAAUUGACCAAACAAGUCAAUGAUUUUGAAUUGAAGAGAGAUCCACAAAAUGCCAAACUCAAAACAACAGAAGAAGUUGCCUAUGGUUUCAUUCAAGUUGCCAACGAGGCCAUGUCAAGACCAAUUCGUUCCAUUACAGUUUCUAAAGGUUAUGAUACUCGUGAUCAUACUUUGUGUUCAUUUGGUGGAGCUGGUUCACAACAUGCUCAAGCUAUUGCCAAUAAUUUAGGUAUGAAAAAGGUUUUCAUUCCAAGACAAUCUGGUAUUUUGAGUGCUUAUGGGUUGGGACUUGCUGAUGUUGUUUUGGAUGAACAAGAGCCAAGUACUGCAGAAUAUGCUGAGGAAAAUUUCGGAUACUUCUCCAACAGAUUGAAAGAAAUCGAGGGAAGAGUUGUUGAGAGAUUGAAAAACUCUGGAUUUGACAACUCCAACAUCAAAAUUGUACAUUAUCUCAAUCUCAAGUAUAAGGGAACCGACUAUUCAAUCAUGACAUCUGUUCCAGAGGAGGCCAAGCAACAAGAUUCAAUCCUUGGAGGAGAUUACAGAUCUGAAUUUGAAAAAUCCUACAAGAGAGAAUAUGGAUUUACUGUUGUUGGAAGACCAAUCAUUGUCGAUGAUAUUAGAGUGAGAGGUAUUGGUAUUACACCAUCCAUCAGUAAGAUUGAAAUUGCUUCAUCUAAGUCUGAGCCAAAACCAAUUACCUCAACCAAGACAUACUUUGAACAAGGUUGGACUGAGACAGCUGUCUAUGAUUUGCAACAUUUGGCUGCUGGAGAUAAGGUUCACGGCCCUGCUAUUAUUAUUCACGACACAACUACAAUUGUUGUUGAACCACAUGGAACAGCUCUAAUUACCAAGUAUGGUGAUGUGGAAAUUACUCUCUCCUCAACAAAGACACAAGAAAUCAAUGUGAAUGAAUUGAAGAAGGUUGAUGCUGUUAGGUUGAGUAUUUUCAAUCAUCGUUUCAUGAGUAUUGCUGAACAAAUGGGUAGAUCCCUCCAAAGAACAUCAACUUCAACCAAUAUUAAGGAAAGACUCGAUUUUUCAUGUGCUCUCUUCUCUCCAGAUGGUUCUCUCCUUGCCAAUGCUCCACACUUGCCUGUUCACUUGGGUUCAAUGAGUGAGGCAGUUCGAUAUCAAAUUAGAACUCUGGGAGAUAGUUGGAAGGAAGGCGAGGUAAUUGUAGCCAAUCACCCUUGUGCUGGAGGCACCCAUUUGCCUGACAUUACCGUAAUAACUCCUGUAUAUUCAAAUGGAAAAGUAGCUUUCUAUGUUGCCAAUCGUGGACAUCAUGCUGACAUUGGUGGUAUUCAGCCAGGUUCAAUGCCUCCAUUCAGUAGAUUGCUAUCUGAGGAGGGUAUGGCAAUUGUUUCAUGUAAAUUAGUAGAAAAUGGUGAAUUCCAAGAAGAGAGAAUUACAAAUUUAUUGAAAGAAGCAGGUGCCAGAGCCAUAAAGGAUAAUAUUUCAGAUAUGAAAGCUCAAGUUGCUUCUAAUACUAAAGGUAUUUCACUUUUGCAAGAACUCAUCAAUGAAUAUUCAUUAGAAGUUGUCCAAAGCUAUAUGCAAUAUGUUCAGGACAAUGCAGAAUACGCAGUCAAGGAAAUGUUGCAACAAGUAUUUGAGGAACACUCACAAGAUAAGAAUGCUGCCAGCAUUGACUUGCAUUCCCAAGAUUUUAUGGAUGACGGAUCAAUAAUCAACUUGCAUUUGACAAUCAAAAAUCAAAAACAUGAAAACUUUAGAAACGGCUCUGAAAAGCAACAUGUUGCAAUCUUUGAUUUCACAGGAACUUCAGAAAUGAUGUUGGGUUUUGCACCAAAGGCCAUUACUAUUUCUGCAAUUUUGUACAGCUUGAGAUGUCUUGUCAAACAGGACAUUCCUCUCAAUCAAGGAUGUCUGGAACCAAUCUCAAUCAAGAUUGAAAAACACUCACUUUUAGAUAUUGGUGAAGAUGGUAUCGUCGGUGUAGUAGCAGGUAACGUAUUGACCUCACAAAGAGUGACCGAUGUUAUUCUUAAGGCAUUCUCAGCAGCUGCCUGUAGUCAAGGAUGCAUGAAUAAUUUCACAUUCGGUAAUGAAUCAUGGGGCUAUUAUGAAACUAUUUGUGGAGGUGUUGGAGCUGGAAAGGACUAUCAAGGAGAAGACUCUGUUCACACCCACAUGACCAAUACCAGAAUUACCGAUGUUGAAAUUCUCGAAAGAAGAUAUCCGCUCAUUCUGAAACAGUUCAGCGUGAGACCAAAUUCAGGAGGUGAAGGAGAAUUCAGAGGAGGAAAUGGCGUUGUGAGAGAAGUUGAAUUCCUUGAACCACUUCAAGUUGGAAUUCUCUCAGAGAGAAGAGUCUUCUCACCAUCUGGUUGUAGAGGUGGAAAAGAUGGACAAAAAGGAAAGAAUUUACUCAUUCUCAAGAGAGGUCUCAUUCACUCUCUAGGAGGAAAGAACUCUUUCAAGGUCGAACCAGGAGAUUGUGUCAUUAUUCAAACACCAGGUGGAGGUGGUUAUGGUAUCAAAAAAUAAACUCUAGCUCACUACCCAUUCCUUCA